GCGUUUCUUCUUGCUUUCUGUAUUUAAGGACUUCCUCUGACACAAUAAUUUUCAUUAUUUGAGAUUUCAUCUUCUUCAUUCUUCGUUUAAGAAACAUCAAACAAACCCAAAACUCCUACUAAAAAUUAAAUACUCUCCAGAGAUAGAUAUAACGAUGGCUGUGGGGAUCCUUGAGGUUAACCUGAUCAGUGGCAAAGCUCUCAAACGAUCUGACUUUCUUGGUAAGAUAGAUCCUUAUGUUGAGAUCAAAUACAAAGGACAAACUCGCAAAAGCAGCGUUGUUAAAGAUGGAGGUAGAAACCCGACAUGGAAUGAGAAACUGAAAUGGAGAGUAGAGUUUCCUGGCUCAGGCACCGACUACAAACUCACCAUCAAAGUCAUGGACCAUGAUACUUUCUCCGCUGACGAUUUUAUCGGUGAAGCUACGGUAUAUGUGAAAGAGCUACUUGAAAUGGGAGUAGAGAACGGCAAGAUGGAGCUAAGACCGACCAAGUACAACGUUGUUGACUCUGAUCUCUCCUUUGUUGGAGAGAUUACCAUUGGACUUUCUUACUCUGUUGUGCAAGAAAAUGGGAUGGAAGGAGAAGAAUUUGGUGGAUGGAAGCAUAGCCAGUUUUAAUUAGUUUCAUCUUCUAUAGAAAUGGCAUGAUUCUAUUUGUCAGGUGUUACCUUUAGUGUCAACAAUAUCAUUAAGCUUAUUCACAAGUUCAAAAAUCAAUUAACGUCUAUUGUAUUUUUAUUUGUUGUUAGCAAUUGUUUGAUUUAUCCAAAUUCGUGUAUUCUCUUUGUAUCUAUAAUUAAAUUUUAAAGACAUGUAUCAAAACAAAAGCAUUUGGUAA